AUGUUCCAACAUGACAAGGAGUCCUUCAAGGAGUAUGCUCAAAGAUGGAGGGAAUUGGCUUCUCAGGUUGAACCACCUCUUGCUGAGAAAGAAUUGGCCGAACUAUUUAUCGACACGAUCCAACCCCAAUUCUACGAGAAGAUGGUUGGAAGUGCUUCUUUGGGAUUCUCCGAGCUUGUUGCUAUAGGAGCUCGUGUUGAAUAUGGUGUAAGGAAUGGAAAACUGGCGGCUGUAGCUGGAACUUCAAAUGCUAAUCCAAAGAAGUUCUCUGGAGGGUUUCCUAGAAAGAAGGAAGGGGAAACAAAUUCCGUGACUGCUGGUCAAGGAAGAGCUCCUCCAAGAAGGAGACCCCAACAAUAUCCACCUCAUCAGUAUGUUCAACAACCGAUUCCCUAUCAACAACCCAUGUAUCCUAUCCAGUAUGCUCCGCAACCAUACGUGGCUGCCGUGACGCCCGCAUUCAAUCAACAGCCUGCUCAGGCUUAUCAAGCGCCUCCAGCUUAUCGACCAGCUCCAGUUCAACAACGUGCUGUGGCUCCUCCAGCUUAUCAACAAACACCAGCAGCUCCUGUUUAUCAACAACCGAGAGCGCAAGCGCCGAGGCAGAAUGCUCAGAACCAAAAUAGGAGACAAGGGGAGAGGGUGACCUUCAAUCCAAUCCCAAUGUCCUACACUGAGUUGUAUCCUUCCCUAUUGCAAAAGGGGUUGGUGGUUCCCAAACCUUUGGGACCUCCACCUGACCGUCUUCCCCCAUGGUAUAACCCUAAUGCACACUGUCCUUUUCAUGAAGGUGCCCCCGGGCAUGACCUAGAGGGUUGUUACGCUCUAAAGCAUAGGGUUCGGGAAUUGAUUGAGAGCAAGAUCUUAUCUUUUAAGGACAUGGGACCGAAUGUGAAGAACAAUCCCCUUCCUCCCCAUGGAAAUCCUGAAGUCAACGCCAUUGAAGACGCUUCUGUUGGUGUUACGGUUGAGAAGGUGGAGGAUGUAAAGACUCCUUUGGCAGCAUUCCAUGCCCGAUUGGUGGAAGCUGGCCUGGUUAAUGUCGAUCAUGACAACUGUGAAGAGUGUGCCACACACCCAAGAGGAUGUCAGGUGGUGCGAGACAAUAUUCAAGGCUUGAUGGAUGAAGGAAUGCUUCAAAUAUCCAGUGCUGUGAAGAACGAAGAUGUGUUGGUGAUUGAACCUUGUUUCAAUUUACCUGAACCAGUCGAAAUCCCAUAUUAUAGUGGUGGAGUGGUCCCGGUGAACAGUAAGCCAUCGCCUGUCGAGAUAUGUAUGCCCACGCCUUUUCCCUACGAGAGCACCAAGGCUGUGCCUUGGAAAUAUGAGAUUACUGCUGUGGAUAAGGUGGUUGAAGGAAGUUCAGACGCUGAGGUGACAGAAGCUGUAAGUGAAGACGUCACCAAUAUUGCAGGAAUGAGCAGAAUGACCCGUAGUGGUCGGGUUUAUACGCCCGAAUUCAAUGUAACUCCUCAAAGGCCGACCAAGGAAUCAACAGUUGCAGCUCCCACUAAAGAACCCGAAGUGGUCCAAUCCGAAGAUGCUGUUGAAUUCUUGAAGUUAAUCAAGAGAAGUGACUACAAAAUGGUGGAUCAACUGCAUCAAACACCAUCUAAGAUCUCUAUUCUGUCUCUGUUAUUGAGCUCCCAAGCCCAUAGGGAAGCUUUGUUGAAGGUGCUUGCUCAAGCUCAUGUAACACAAAGCAUAACAGUAGACCAAUUUGAUGGAGUAGUUGCAAAUAUCACAGCCUGCAAUACUUUGAGCUUCAGUGGAGAAGAAUUACCUGAGGAUGGACAAAAUCACAACCGUGCUCUCCAUAUCUCGGUGAAAUGCAAAGAUGAUGCUUUGGCGAGAGUGUUGGUUGAUACUGGAUCUUCGCUGAAUGUUAUGCCAAAGAGAACACUCGCCAAAUUAUCUUAUCAAGGACCAACUAUGAAGCCUAGUGCCUUGGUAGUGAAAGCUUUUGAUGGGGCAGUUACCUCCACCUUACACCAAAAGAUGAAGUUUGUGGUGGACAAUCAACUAAUCAUCAUUUCUGGAGAAGAAGACUUUGUGGACCCUGUUGGGAAAGCUUGUUCAUCUUUCGCUUCUCUGAAAAGCGCAAAGUCUAGUAUUGAAGGAGGAAACCCUGAAGGUUGGGGUCAGCUUAUCGAUAUUCGUGAGAAGCAUGAUCGCUUUGGUCUGGGAUAUGUGCCUUCCGCUGCGAAAGGAGCCCGAGUCCCUGCAAAGGACAACACCCGAAGCAUCCAGGAGGUAUUCCUUAGCACAGGAUUCAUCCAUGGAGAUCAGGUCAAUGCAAUUGAAGAUAACACCGAAAGUGAAGAUGAGCCAUGUUUGGUUUACCGGUGUGAGACAACUUUGGACAACUGGAAGGCGGUUGAGAUCCCCGAAAUUUUUCCUUUGUCAAAGUUUACAGAGUAUUGGAUUCCUGCGCAGCCUUCCAGUUUGCGGCUUGAGCAGUAUUGUUCAAUGUUGCUUUCAAACUCAUUAUCGUUAUGCUCAGGCCAAAAGUCUGGUUUUGUUGAUGCCCUCUGCAACCUUAUCAUCUCAACAAGAAAAUGUUGCAACCAUCCUUAUCUCCUUGACCCAACACUGAGUAGUUUGGUCACUAGAGGUCUACCUGUUGAAGAACAUUUAGAUAUUGGAAUAAAAGCAAGUGGAAAAUUGCAACUUCUUGAAAAGACCCUCGUUGAAGCUAAAAGUCGUGAGUUAAGAGUGAUGCUAUUAUUUCCGUCUAGCAGUGGUUUUGGAUCAAUUGGAAAUAUUCUGGAUGAUGUUCUCUGUCAGAGAUUUGGAAACAAUUGA